AUAACUAAUUACCUCGCUCGCACACUAAACAAACAUGGGCCUAAUGAAGUAGGAAAAGAAGGCACGCACCACGAAUUUGCAUUAAAAAUGUGCCUACCGAGCGUGGAUAUUUUCCACCUUAUUAUAGUGGUGGAAUGUUUUUGUCGAUAUAUAAAUUUGUUUUGUUUGUGGAGAGACGUCAGUGGUACUCUCAGCUUGGUGUUGUUCAACAAGUGGUACACCAUGGGAGCUUGGUUUUUUGCAAAUGCGUUAUUGGCAUUGUCGUGCCUGGUCACAGGCUGCACAGUCAACCCAGAACAGGAUACAACAUCGUUUGUUAGCGUAUCACAAAACCAAAACCAACCCUUCUUCUACGGUAACUAUGUUCCUGCUGACACAUUCCUGCACAGCGUGCAAAACCCACCAGUCCAAAUGAUACCAUACCAAGCAAGAAACGACUAUGAACUAGUAGACCCCGAAGUAGACUUAGACUACAACGAACCAAAACAAAAAGAAGACAUCAGCUAUUACGGCAACAAAAAGAAGAAAGAAGUGCACUACCACAAGCACAAGCAUCUCCACGAACACGCCCACAAGCAGGACCAUCACCACGAACACAAAGCAAAACACAGUCACGAGGAGCACCACGGUCACAAUCAACAACAUGAUCACCAACACAAACACGACCAUCACCACGGUCACAAACACGGCAACCAACACGAACACAAGCAUCAGCAAGACCAUCACCAUCACCACAAAAAUCAACAUCAACAUCAUCACCUCAACAAACACGAGCAUGGGCAUCACCACGGCCACAAGCACGAGCAUAAAGAUCACCACGAUCACAAGCACGAGCACAAGCAGAAUCACGAUCAUCACCACCACGAGCAGCACAAGCACGAUAAUCACCACGAUCACAAGCAUCACGGCGAGCACAAGCACGAUCAUCACCACAACCACAAGAACCAGCACCAUCACAAACACGGUCACCAUGCGCAUCACGAUCACCACGCGAAACACGUGCACAAGCACAUCAAACAUCAUUACGGCUGA